UGAUGUACUCCUGAUUAUGCCAAAAGUAACGGAUCAUUAGAAGCUUUUGACAUGGAAAUUAGAGAAGAACGUCCCUUUUUCAUCAGACAUUUUACUUCGAUUACUCGAAUCGUUGGCCUGUUUACCAGCGCAGGCAAGUUAAUUUCUUAUUUCGAAUAAGCUUCACUGUGUUGCAAUUUCAAGGAAAAUUCCAAGGAAUAGACAAAAAGUACACAUAAUCCUGAGGUCUCAUUGCAUAAUUUAAAUACGUGCCCAUUACGACACGAAAAGGGCUUUCAGGAUUCAAGACGAAGCUUGUAAAAUUUUAUCAAUAAUUUAUCGGAUAUCACAUGUUUUGUGGCUUGCUUUUAUAUGUAUAGAAUGAUAUGGCAUGUUUGAGUUGUAUAUGUGGCUUUUGAGGAAGUAAUUUUCUUUACAGAGACCUAAUCUGUUAUUUCAGUUCAAUACCUACAGAGAAGAUUUCGGAAAUUAGAAAUAUUUAAUAAGUUUGGUGAAGCCAUUGCCAUCAUCAUCUGUAAGAGAUCCAGACGUCAUGGGUUCUUGAAAACAAUCGUUACUCUAAUCUUCUUGUAUGAAAGGUGGGGGAAGGAUACCAUGUCAGAGAAUUUCUCCUCAAAUAUUUGAACAUUCUUACUUUUUAAAAAUUAUAUCUAGCCUUGUGGUGGACAGGUGUAUUUCUGGCUGACCAAGAUGACAAAAGGGUAGCUGCAUACCUUAUGUAAGUGUCAUACAAUUUUUUUUUAUUAUACAACACACUGGAUCAUGCCUGCAUUUUUAUUGUUUCUUAAUUAAUCUUGUUUAUUAUAUUUUGUAAAAUUAGAUAAAAGACCUUUGCAUUUUAUAAUUUUAGAGUAAUGUUGUGAUUGGUUAAUAGUCACCAUGGUACACUGUGUAUUGAGUUAUUCACCUUGCCUUAUAGCUGGCUGUGAAACAUACAAAUGCAAAUAGAUUUUAAAAAUUUCAGGUAUUGAGCAAAAAAUGAAAGAUUUGUUGUAUCUAAGUAAUACGUAUUCUUAUUUUUUUCAGGAUAUGUGGUUUUGCUGUUACUUUUUUUGAGAUAACAUUCAUUUUGGACAAGUGUGCUUGUUGUGGGUAAUGUAUCAAAAUAAAUAUUUAAUUUUUUUUCUUUAUAAAUAUGACAAACAUGACAAUUUGUAUUCUGUUAGAAUUGUUCUGUCAAAUCUCUUGAAAUAGAUACCUCCAUCGGACAAAACUUUGUUUAAUUUGGAUAGCAAAAUAGCAAAUUUUGAUUUGAAAUGUUAUAUUAACUCUUUCACUCCGAAGAUUUAAUCAGUAAUUCUCCUUACUAUCUGCCAUACAAUUCUAAUGAUGUUAGUUCAGAGAAUUUGGUAUUGGAUUAACUAAUAAUCCCAUAAUUGAUAUUCUUCUCUAUUCUCAUCACCUGCCUGUUUGAUAUUGUAAGGAGAAAUUCUGUCUUGGUCACUUGGGGGAAUGAAAGGGUUAAAUGUAACGUUUCAAAUAAAAUAAAUAUUGUAUCAUAAAUGUUAUGAUACGCUAUUAAUAUUAGAUUAAGUUAAGAUCUGAUUGAAUCACUUUAUUUCCUCUCUGAAAAUUUACAAGCUUUCAAACACUAAUUGUAUUCAAAUUUCUCUAAGAAGGGUUUUAUAAAUCUCAGAAUCAUUGUUGUCACAUAUCCUCUAACAUCUAUCAGGUAGACAUCUCUUCAGGACAAACGUCUGCGGCUGGUUCAAACAGUGUCUGUCCUAGAGAGAGUUGAUUAUGACUUACUACAGAUAACAAGUCUUGAUAGAGGUUUUUUCAGUAUUAAAGGUGUUGAAAGCAAUCUGGAAUUGCAUUUGUUUCACUCUGUUUAAAAUGAAUUUGGGAUUGGUCUUUAAGGGAGCUCCAAUUUUUUCUAUGAAUCAUACAGUCAGGAGUACAUGUAAAUUGAAGUCAUCAGCUCUCUCUUCCUCACAUUUUCUCAUAUUAUCUUGAUCUAGCACAAAAUUCUUAUAACUUAUUUACAAGUAAAUGUGUUGCAGCUAGAAGGGAGAAUUAACAAUCAGAUCCUGGGAGUUAAAGGGCUAAAAUGCUCUCCCUAAUGUUUCUGUUCAUUUUCAGCUCCUGAUCAUAGCUUUCUGUUUGGUCUCCAACAGUACUAUAAACAGUUAUUCUUGUUAACCCUUUAACUCCCAAGAUCUGAUUGUUAAUUCUCCCCUCUAGCUGCUACAUAUUUACCAGUAAAUUAGUUAUGAGAAUUUGGUGUUAUAUCAAGAUAACAACUUCUACCUCAUAAGUUUGAAUGUUUUCAUUACCUGUUUGCUGGAUGAUGUAAGGAUAUUAUCGGGAGAAGUUUCAUGUUUAUCACUUCUGGGAGUUAAAGGGUUAUUAUAUACCCAGACUUGUAAAUUAAGAUGCUUUUAAAGUAAAAUGGAUGAAGUUGUUAACCUCAUUUUAAUUUUUAUGGCUUCUCAUUUUUAUCAGGGAAGAGAGUUGUGGCCAGGCUUUGUGGAAGUAUGUACUAGCUGUUGAUAACUGGAAGAAAUCACUAAUUUAUACUUCAUUGUCUGUCAUGUGCUACUUGCAUCCCAAGGAGUUCUGGCAAGCUGUAAUUGCUGGGGUUUUACUGGAUUUUACAGCAUUGCUAUAUCUCAUAAGAACUUUCAGAACCAAAAAUGCACUUGAACCCUAUAGAUAUAAACAACUAGAAGUUAGAUAAUAAUUAUUUGUCUCAAAUCAAGCACAUUCAUUUGAAAUGAGGCAUCAAAGUUGCAUAACAUUUAAUUAUAUAGUAUUUAAUACCAUUAAGUAUCAUUGCAAGGCAGUUUGGCCUUGAGGCAAAGACUGCCUUCAACAAAUAACACGAUCAAUGUAAUCAUGUAACAGAUGUCUAUGAAAUGAAGUGUAUUUUCAUAGGGAAUAUUAUUUAUUAAAUGCUUUCAAUGCUUAAACUUUGGAGAAAUGAAAACGUUCAUUGAGCUAAUACUCUUGACUCAAGAAUUAUUAGACAUUUUAAUCCCAUUUACCAAUGUUACACUUAACAUUACACACAUAGGCAUACAAGAUAUUCAUUUCAAAAAACAAAUAUUUCAUAUAAUAUGUAUAAUAUAUACUUCCAAACAAGAUCCUUAUAUUUCACCCAGAUUUUACUUUGCAAAGAAAAAAUAGACCUGAAGCACAUGAAUCUAAGUAGCUUUGUUUUAACUAUUGUUUUUAUUAUAGUAUAGAAAUAAUUAGUAAUACUAAAACUCCAAUCCUAAAAAUUGGGAAUUUCAUUGCUAAGGAUUCAUUUGAUAUUUCUUCAUUAUUGUUCUUUUUCCAAUAAACUACCAAUGAUAGCACCAUAGUUGUUUGCUUCUCCCAGAAAGCUAGUAUUAUUUCUGCCAAACUUGAACCUCACCAUAUUAAUUGAUAAAGCCACACUUAAUGUAUUAAAUUAUAUAAAAAAGGAAAAAAAACAUACAUCAGGACUUUGUAUGUCAGAAAUCAUCAAUAUGCACCUAGGGUUUGGAGUUUAAAUUCCUAAAAGAAGGAUUUAAACCAGAAUCAUAUUCACCUUAUGAGCUGGUUGGAUAUAGAUAACAGAUUAAGCAACACACAAUCUAGUGUCAUUGUGAAUUUAAGGGAUAAAGAGGAAAUUUUUGGAAACUAUUAAGACAACUUAGCUUUCAGGAUUAUUAGCAAGGAAUGAUCAAUUUCAAGGCUGUCGAUUAUUUAUUAUAUUUACUCAUUAGAGAUAAAAUGAGGGCCUGUGGUAAUGGAUUCAUUCAAAAUAUUUACACAAUCCAAAUUAUUGAAUGUAUAUUUCCCUCUACUCAAUGUCAACCAUAUGCAACUCCUAUGUCUUUGAAAAUAAAAAGGUCUCAUUGCAAG